AAAAAUCUACUGUUUUCCUGCACACACUCCCUCUCACCUCCCACUACAACAAAAAAAAUUUCAGUAAUAUUUCACUACACGAACACCUUUUACAACUCUACCUUUAAUAACUAAUAAAGCAAAGACAAUAUGCCAGGUGUUUCCGUCAGAGACGUUCCAGCUCAAGAAUUUAUUAACGCUUACGCUCAAUUCUUACAAAGACAAGGUAAAUUGGAAGUUCCAGGUUACGUUGAUCUUGUUAAGACUUCUGCCGGUAAUGAAUUACCACCUCAAGAAGCUGAAACUUGGUUCUACAAGAGAGCUGCUUCUGUUGCUAGACACAUUUACUUGAGAAAACAAGUUGGUGUUGGUGCCUUAAACAAAUUAUACGGUGGUGCCAUUAACAGAGGUUUCAGACCUCACAAGCAUGUUGAUGCUUCUGGUUCUAUUAACAGAAAAGUUGUUCAAGCUUUACAAAAGAUUGGUGUUUUAGAAAUCUCUCCAAAAGGUGGUAGAAGAAUCUCUGAAAAUGGUCAAAGAGAUUUAGAUCGUAUUGCUGCUCAAACUUUAGAAGAUGACGAAUAAAUUAUUUAGCUUCAAUCCAUCCAUUAUUGUUGUAAAUUAUUAUUCUAUACGUGCAUGUAUAAAUCCAACCCUAAUACAUAUAUUUAGCUGACAUGUAAUAUAAAUUGUAAUUAUAACUGACUGAACUAUAUAGUAUUAAUUAGUAUUAAUUAGUAUUAAUUAGUAUUAAUUAGUAUUAAUUA